GUAGUGCUCUCAAACUGGAAUUGUGGCACCAUUUUGAACUCCUGCCUGAAUGGAACUUCAACAGAGUCCUACAAGAUUGUGGGAGCCCUCCUCGUUAGCGCCAUCCUGGUAAAUGUCGUCGCCCUCGCAGUUUCUUUUGCCGGAUGCGUAAAGUCCUGGGCCACAGCAGUCGCCCUAGUGUUGACUUGGCUUGGAGGCAUCGUCGCUGUCGCAGCAAUCGCCUACUACUUCAACAAGUUGGAUCCAACCUAUUGUCCCGCAUUGGCUGUCACUGGGAUUAUCUUCGCGCUGGUCAUGACAAUCAGAGGCACAACUUGCCUCACUUUUGGUCUCUCCCUCUCCAUCCUCUUUCUCAUUCUUAGCGUAGCGCUCCCACAUUGGAGCUGUGGCACCAUUUUGCACUCCUGCCUGAAUGAGACAUCUGCGGGGUCCUAUCGGACUGUGGGAGCCCUCCUUGUCUGCGCCAUCUUGGUAGACUUCGUCGCCGUCCUAGCCGCCAUUGCCGGUUGCGUAAUCGAAGAGUCCUGUGCCACGCCAGCCGCCCGGUGGCUGACUUGGUUUGGAGGUAUCCUCGCUAUCGCGGCAAUCGCGUAUUACUUCAACAAGGUGGAUACAACCUAUUGUCCCGAGUUGGCUGUCACUGGAAUUAUCUUCGCGCUGGCCACGGCAAUCAUUACACCUAUCAGAUGCAUACUUUAA